UCGUCCAUUGAGGAAAGAGAGUCCAACAUUUGGAGUUUGCUGGUUCUGCUGAUUGUUGAGGCCUAGGCAGGCAUCCCCAAGAGAAUUCAGGGACCUGACAAUGUCCCUGUAUUGUGGAAUUACUCGCAGGAGAAAAUCUUUUUGGUGCUGUAGGCUGCUGUCAACCUAUGUCACUAAGACACGGUAUUUAUUUGAGCUGAAGGAAGAUGAUGAUGCAUGUAAAAAAGCCCAGCAGACAGGAGCAUUUUACCUCUUUCAUAACCUGGCUCCUUUGCUUCAGAAAUCAGAACGUCAAUACCUGGCCCCCCAGCAUAGCCUAUUAGAGUUGGAAAGGCUCCUGGGUAAGUUCGGGCAGGACAUGCAAACAAUAGAAGAUUCCGUGCUAAUUGGAUGCUCCGAACAGCAAGAAGCAUGGUUUGCUCUGGAUCUAGGUCUAAAUAGCUCCUCUUCCAUAAAUGCUUCCUUACAGAAACCUGAAAUGGAGACAGAGCUCAAGGGGUCUUUCAUUGGGCUGAGGAAGGCUCUCUUUCAGCUGAAUGUGAAGGAUGCCUCCUUGCUAUCCACGGCUCAGGCUCUUCUCCGUUGGCAUGAUGCUCAUCAGUUUUGCAGCAGAAGUGGACAGCCCACCAAGAAGAAUGUGGCUGGUAGCAAGCGUGUGUGCCCUUCCAAUAAGAUCAUCUACUAUCCACAGAUGACUCCUGUGGUGAUCACUCUGGUGUCAGAUGGGACUCAAUGCCUGCUUGCCCGCCAGAGUUCCUUUCCCAAGGGAAUGUAUUCUGCCUUGGCAGGUUUUUGUGAUAUAGGUGAAAGUCUGGAAGAGGCUGUCCGGCGGGAAGUUGCAGAAGAGGUGGGAUUGGAGGUGGAAAGACUGCAAUACUCUGCAUCUCAGCACUGGCCCUUUCCUAAUGGCGCACUCAUGAUUGCUUGUCAUGCAACUGUGAGACCAGGGCAGACAGAAAUCCAGGUGAACUUGAGAGAACUAGAAGCAGCUGCCUGGUUCAGUCGUGAUGAGGUGGCCACAGCCCUGAGGAAAGACAACCCAUAUUAUCAGCAACAGAAUGGGGCUUUCCCAUUCUGGUUGCCCCCCAAGUCAGCCAUUGCCCACCAACUGAUAAAGGAGUGGGUGGAAAAACCGACCUGUUCUAUCCUGCCUGCUUAGCUCAGAUCAGGCCACCUAAUCAGAUAAAUCCCUCCUAUCUCAGAGGGGCACAUCAGAGAUCAACUGAUGAAGAGGUGGUGACAAAAGGUCAUCUCCAGGCCAACAUCAUAAGAAGGCAGAGCAGAUGGUGAGCCUCCAGCAAGGCACAUCUGCCAGCAGUGUUAAUAAAAGAAGUUCCUAAUCAUAGGCAAUCAAAAAUGCCAAAACUGAUAUGACAAUUGUCAAAAUCAGAGGGAAAGUUGAAGCAUUAGUUUGGAUAUGGGCCCUUGCUCAUUCAUUUUCUCCUGUGCUUUGGAAGCAAACAUCUUUUGGCAUGCGGCUUUGUCAAUGCUGGGUUUAUACUAACUGCCAAAAUGUGCCUGGUAUAAUUUUGGUUACAACUUCUAUCUUAAUAUUGAAAAUAUAUAGCAGAUCUCAACCCUCUACUGGGUUCCUUUUUAUCCUCGUACAAUUUUAAAAAAUAGCAAUUUUUAAAAACAAAUUUAUUUACUUAUUUAUUUGUGGCUGUGUUGGGUCUUCGUUGCUGUGCGUGGGCUUUCUCUAGUUGCAGCGAGUGGGGGCUACUCUUUGUUGUGGUCCGCGGGCUUCUCAUUGCGGUGGCUUCUCUUGUUGUGGAGCACGGGCUCUAGGCGUGCGGGCUCGGUAGUUGUGGCUCGGGUUCUAGAGCACAGUCUCAGUAGUUGUGGUGCACGGGCUUAAUUGCUCUGCAGCAUCUGGGAUCUUCCCGGACCAGGGCUCGAACCCGUGUCCCCUGCACUGGCAGGCGGAUUCUUAACCACUGUGCCACCAGGGAAGCCCAGCACAACAUUUUUGAAUUCGUGUAGAGGUAAUUAUUUUGUACAUGGUAGUUAAAUAAAAGUCAUAUUCCUUUAAGUCUUUCAUCCCAGGAAAGUGGGAGUUAAGGUCUUCCUCAAGGUACUCUCUAGUAAAUCAGAGGCAGUGACGUUCUGUUGAGGUAACUGCAUGCCAGUGGGGCUCAAGAGCGUGUCUUUUUUGCUGUUAUUUGCUCAGUUUGUGACCCAGGGAAAAGAUUAUCACUUGCCAUGCCUGUUUUCCUCAACGUAAAAUGGUUGCUGCCUUUUGCACACCCAGUUAGUGUUGUAACUUCAACGAAGCGAUCAAUGAAGAUGAACCAUUUCUUGAGUUUUAUGGGAUAAACUAAAUUUAGGAUUUCUCAUCAUUCAUAUAUGCCAUUCUAAACCUUGUCAUAGGGAAGAAGCACUUAUCUGGAGGAAAUGAAAUAAAUUUCUGUACCUUUGUUCAGAUGUAUAUUUCUGUCUUAUGAAGUGAGAAAAUUGUAGAAAGUGAGAAUUGGGGGUGGGAGGGAGUAAUCUCUUUAUUAGUGUGACAAACAUUUAAGUCCAGAUUCCAAGUCUGUGGUAUGACUAAAGCAAUAUUCAGAAGAAAUCCUGUUAGAGGUCCGUUUGAAAAGAGGAAUGGCUGGGGAAAGUCUUAUCUUCAGGUACUUUUAGGCAACUAACUAGUGAUUAAAGACACAAGUGCCAGAGACCCUAAGAUUAUUCACACAUCCAAGUCCCACAGGACUGAGUAAAAGAGAUUCUAGAACUAGAAAGAUUGAAGCGACUGAAUUUCCUUUUGAUCCCAAAAGGUUGUUACUCUCACCAUUGCCAGCAAAACAUCAUUUGCUUUGGGGAAAUCAAACUGCCUUCAUCAGGAAAUGCUGAGGGAUAAUACGUGAUGGGACUUGAUUGUCCUGUUAGAUUGGCAGCUUGCCCUGACCUGGGCUGAACCUAGCAUGUAGAAGGGAAAAGCACUCUCGAAAGAGACACCCUGAGAUUUCUUCAUAUCUUGCAGUUAGAAGAAAACAGUUCAGGGUCCAUGUGUAUUACCAUCUCCCAAUGUUUUCUAUCUCUUUGUGGGUGUGUUUGUGAGCACAUGUGUACACAGUAUUUUCAGACUGGGGAAUCUGAAAAUACUGAUAGAAAGGGGAGUGUGCAGGAUUCCUGGUUGUGAGUUUCUCAAACUUACCAUGGAGUGUUUACUUUUGGAUUAAUGUGUUUUGCUGGAAAAGAAGAAUGAGAAUGCCUAAUAGGAGGAGCUGCAACAUUGAACUUUGUUUCCCAGCAGUGAGUGGGAAGAGGGCUGUGCUUCUUAGAACUCCAAGGAUAACUGAAAGCAGAGGCAAAAGAGGGCAGGGUUGGGGUACUGAAAAAUGGCAGACAAAUAAAAGAAACUUUGGUGCAGGGCUCACCUGGCUGGAGAAUAUUUAUGUGGCAAUGAAUCAUGAAGGUGCUAAGGAUAAAAAGAACCCAAUGGGUCCAUGAAGAAGAAUAGCAAAAACAGGUAAAACGCUAAAAUUAUUGGGCACCAGAGGGAGACUGACUCAAGGUCAUUGGU